UGUGGGAGCGCUUGCGCUGAAGCACUGCUCAAAGCCACAGUACCAGUUGGAGCUGCGGGAUGGGACAGUGGUUAGGACAGAAGCGACUUGGGAGUUCUGGGUGCAAUCUGCUGAUCUUUUCCACCCAGGAGAAGCCUUCCUUCAAAAGGCUGAAAUCCCCUUCUCUGCACAAAGGACAAAGGGUGAUAAAGAAACUAGAGAGAAAGUUUAUCCUGAUUUUUCAGACACCAAACAAUGAGCAGAAAGGAGGAAAGGACAAACUAGAAACAGAAGGAAGAGAAGCAAGAAAUGAGGAGUCACCUGCUUCCUCAAAAAUGCCUCAAUUCAGUUUUCUUCUCCACAAUGACCAAAGUGAAGAAAAGAAACAAGAGAAAAAGAAAAGACACAGGAACUGGAAAAGAGCAUUAAAUGCAGAGGAAAGGGAAGAGGAUAGCCUAGAGACAGAAGGAGAAGAAGCAGAGUCAUCAGGAGCAGGAAUUGAGGAGUCACCUUUCUUCAAAAGGCCCGAAUCCAGAUUUCUUCUCAGCAAUUGGCAAAGUGCGGAAGAAAAACAAAAGAAAAAGAAAAAACACAGGAAAUGGAGAGGAGUAGAACAUACAGAGGAAGGUGACAAGGAUGCGCUAGUGGCACAAGCAGCAGGAACAGCAAGGAUUAAGGAGUCACCGACUUUUAAAAGACCUGAAUCUAUUUUACUUCUGAGCAACUGGCAAAGUGAGAAAAAGAAAAAAAAGUGGAAACAGAGAAGGGAAAAUGUUGGAGCUGGUGAUAAGGAGGGUCUAGAAACAGAUGCCAAAGACAAAGCAACCACAGCAAAGGAAAACAAGCAAAAGAAAAAGAAAAACCACAGGAACUGGAGGAUAGCAGAACAUCCAAGGGGAGUUGACAUAGCCAGUCUAGAGACAGAAGCAGAUGGAGCAGAAUCAGGGCUGGAUGAGGCUAGAGCAUGGACCUCUGAGCACACUUACCUGUGCACACCCCCACUCUUCGCUUCUCGCACUCUCUCCUUCUGCCAGUUGUUACUUUCCUCUCCAUGGCUGAGCCCCACGUCCCCUUUAAGCCAAGGGCAGAGCACCAGAAAGAAACAGAAGAGAAAGCAGAAGUACAAACAAUUAGGAACACAGAAUCAAGAGCCAGAAGGAGAAGAUGGGAGAAACGAGGAGAUGCCUUUGCUCAAAAGGCCUGAGUCUGUUUUCCCUCUGUGUAAUGAACAAAGUAAGAGAAAGAAAAAACAAAGGACAUGGAGAACAGAAAAUACUGGGGAAGGCCGUAAAAAUGGUCUCCAGACAAAAGCAGAGAAAACAGCAGCCGCAGCAAGAAUGAAGGAGCUGGGUUCCUCCAAGAAGCUGAAAUCUAGUUCUGCUCUGGACAUGGCAUCAAAUGAAAAAAAGAAACACUGUACAGAGCAAACACAGAGAAAACUGAAAGGACAAAAGAAUGAAGGGGAAGGAGAUGCACAGAGAUUUGAGUCAAGCAGAAAGAAUGAGGAGGCACCUCCCUCCAAAAAGCUCCAAUUAACUUCCCUUCUGAACAAAGCAGCAAGUGAGAAAAAGAAAGAUGCAUUAAGACAAAACCAGAAAAAACUCAGAAGAGAAAGCCAAAGAGAAGGAAUGGACAAUCCGGAGAUUGAAGGAGGAGCAGAAAAAAAUAAGGAGACUGAAAAGUUGAAACCCACCUCCACUGUGAGAGAAGGACACAGAGAUAAAAAGAAACGGAAGCAAGGAAAAAAGCAUGAAAGCAGGGAAACAGAAGAUAAAGAAGGAGGAGAAGAUACAGAUAUAGAAGAGCCAGGGAACAAGGAAUCAUGUUCCUUCAAAAGACCAAGGACUGCUUCCUCACCGGCCUCAGUAUCGGCUUUUGGAAAUAUACGUCCUCACAGCCCACCCCCUGUGCCCAUAAAGCGCAGUUGCCGCUCAAAGGAAGCUGGUUCAUGUAACAAAGGAGAGUUUCCAAAGGGGCCUGUGCGCAAGAUGGAAAUCCAAUUCCACACACGUCAGAGAGAAGGAAUCCAGAUCUGUGACCACUUUCUUUUGGGGAAUUGUCCUCAGGGGUCUAUCUGUGAGCUCCACCACACUCGCUAUCCCUACCACUGGCAGGUAAAGAGGAAGGAUAGUCAGGUCUGGCAGAGUGUGAAUGACUCGGCUCAGCGGCAUCUGGAGAAGCUAUACAGUGACAUAGAAAGAGCGCAUGUUAAAUUGAUUGACAAGAAGGCCUUGUGUGGGAAACUCAACUUGCACACAUUGAAAAUAGGUCACCAUGGGCCAUUCAGUAAUAUACGGCGGCUGUCCAAUACCAGUGAUCCAGAGCAGAACUCCCACUUUCCUACAGAGUGGGCAGUAUACUGGCAGGAUGGCAGCAUGUGGAAGAAAUAUGAGGAGCCCCUCUCGUGUGAUUUCCUGGCUGCCUUUGAAAAUGGCGCACAAGAGCAUGUCUUUCAGCUGCGAGGCCACGUCUACACCGUGAACUUCAAGAACCAUCUAAUAUACAAUCAUAACACAGGAAACACCCACAUUAUCCAGCUCCGGCCCACGUAUCGCUCACCUCUCCAGAUGUUGCCAUGGCUGUGUACAAUUCCAAGCAGCCCCUCAGGACUGCAUCAUCCCACAUCUAACAUCCCUGGAGAAGAUCCUACAGAUGGUUACAGUGGCCCAUAUCCUGCUGACUGGAUUAAGCCUCCAAAAGGCAGUGUCCCAUUUACAAAGGAGGAGGUGUUGCCAUCAGAAACAGCAUACCACGCCAUUUACACGGUCUUUCACAAGACACUCUCGGAGGACAACGUUCUUCUGCUCUCAGUUCACAGGAUCCGGAAUGACUUUCUCUGGCAAAAAUACUGCAGCCAAAAAGAUUUAAUGUCACAGGGACUCUCAGCAGAUGAGAAACUGAGGCUAGAGAAGCACCUCUUCCACAGCACCUCAGCCAGACAGCUGGGGUUCACCUGCCAGAUAAAGUUUGACACUCACCUCUCAGGAUCACAUACAUAUAGCAGAGGUUGCUAUUUCACCGUGGGUGCAGACCAGGCUGAUCGCUAUGCCCAGGCAGGAAGAGGUGGACUGCGCCACAUGUUCUUGGCCAAGGUAUUGGUUGGUAAACCUACAUGUGGGAAAAAGCAUUACUGCCAGCUACCACAAAGAGUGUCUGGUAGGGAAUGCUAUGACUCCUAUGUUGAUAAUGUAGCCAGUCCAAAUAUUUAUGUGAUCUUCAACAGCUACCAAUGCUAUCCCUACUUCUUGAUCAGCUACAAACUGUUGUCUGACCCUGUGGUGCUAGAUGACUAAUGGACCACUCAAGGAAGAGGGGCAGUUAUUGCUCACUAUGAAUAUGCAGCUUCACUGAUGAGGACACGCAACUCUUCCAAGGACUAGCACACCAUGCUUUUGCCUGCCACCACCCCGUCUGCCAUGAUCCUUAUAAAACAUUUACACCUUAUCCUAUGGGGAUGUCCCAUGAGUGCUAAUGAAGAAUGUGUGUAAACGUUUUCCAGCAUACAUGAAAAAGGAAUCAAUUUGGUAAUGUUUUCGCUAAUGUUUAAAAAAAAA